AUGCCACAUUUUGCUUCUUUUCGUUCUUUUCUUUCUUCAAGCAUAAUUUUCCUUCAUUUUCUCCUUUAUUUAUUUUCCUUCUUUUCUUCUUUUCCCCUCUUCAAGCGUAAUUUUCCUUCAGUUCAUCAUUCAUUUACUCAUUCUCUUAUUGAUUCUUUGUUCUUUUUUCUAUCAUCUUGCCUAAUUUGCUUUUAUGAUGAUAUUUUGUUCCUUAUUCUUCUUUCAGUUCCUUUUUCAUUCAGUUAUUCUCUUAUUCUUUCUCAUUCUUCUUUUCUGACAUUUUGCUUAAUUCUAUUUCAACUCCUCCUUGUUGCUUUUUUAUUUUCUUUCUUUUCUUCAUUUUCUCGCUUCAAGCUUAAUUUUCCUUCAGCUCAUCUUUCAUUCUCUUUCAUCUUCUUUCAUUCAUUCAAGUAUCGUUUCUUUAUUUUCGUUAUAUACUUCCUUUUUCCUUUGUCAAGCUUAAUUUUUCUUCAGUUCUUCUUUCAUUCAUUCUUUUAUUCCUUCUUUAUUUUCCUUCUUUUCUUCCUUUUCCGUUUUCAAGAUUAA